AUGUUUACCUUCACCGUAUGUCAUUUCCUCUACUUAGCCGUGGACCCCACCAUGGAAAACAUGGUGAUCAAGUCACCACCGUUCCGUGGUCUUUGGGAAUUCUGCAAGUUCGAAGCCAAGCUCCACCAGAGUAAGAUGCAGAACGCUAGCAUCCGACUGGUGUCAGAAUCCACAAUGUCUGAAGUGCAAUGGAUCCUGCAAGAGGUGGCUGGCAACAAUUUCGAUAUUUGGCACCCAAUGCGCUUCAUAAUCGGCAAAGUACAGCAAGAAGUCCGCAUCAUAAUAGAGAUCACGCGGCCGAGCUACGUCAGCCUGUCUCAGAACCUGCCACAUAUCGCCAUAGACAAUAUUCGCAUGAUAGACUGCGUCCCGGAGCCACCGAUUUAUAAUGGCGAAUGUGUGCUGGGACAACUUAAGUGUCAGAUUAUGAACAAAGACUCGUGCAUCAAGCUGCAGCAAGUCUGUGACCUUGUAAAGGACUGCGACGAUGGCAGCGAUGAAGCACAGAAUUGCGACAAAAUGCCGUACGGAUCUUAUUGUAACUUCGAACAAGAUACCUGCGGCUUCGAGAAUGUUCCACAGCCAAUCCUAAAAUGGUCGCGUCACAACGGGCCCACUCCAACGGACAAAACAGGGCCCAACUACGACCAUACAUGUGGGCCCACGUUACCCCACCCAACAAUGGUGGUUCCUCCUUUAUUCCCAGCCCAUCUAAACUUGAGCAUAACUCAGUGCAUUGGAUAUUAUUUCUUCGUCAAUAUGAAUGUGACUGGGCCCAAUAAGGAGAAGGCGGAUUUCGCGUCCACUGCUGUGAUGAGAACCGUCAUUUUCAACCCUCCUCCGAAGGUCCAUGGGAAUAUUACGUCUCGAUAUUAUAACUGUUGUAUGAUAAGGUUCUACUACCAGCAAAAUGGUAGGAACUAUGGAUCGUUGAGCGUGAACGUGGUGGAACUGACGAACCGCGGCAACAUUACCACCUCCGUGUGGUUCAGCACUAAGGACAAGGGCGAAAACUGGUACAGGGCGUCUAUAUUCCUGCCAAAUGUUACUAGGAGAUAUUUCCUAGAAUUCAAAACUCGUAUGGGUAUGCGGAUUUACUCAGACUCUGCAAUAGAUGACUUCUCCAUGGCCCCUGAGUGUUUCGGGCUGAACAUGGACCCGGCAGAGCUAGGGGAUUACAACUAUUACGACCCCUCCUUUGAGGAGAAGACGACACCACAUCCCGCGUUUGCGGAUAAACCUUUCUACCGCUUCACGACAUGCGGUGCAACGGGCCGCUUCGGUCCGAACCAGACCAUGUGUGAUGCGGCCUACAACAAUACUCCUGUAUCAGUCAGCGUUAUACAGAGUCCUCCCUACCAGGGCAUACAGCUGUGGGAGGUGCCUGCUGAAGGAUUGUAUACGCUGAUAGCAACAGGUGCGAGUGGAGGCCUGGGUUCAGCCUGGGCGGGAGUAUCCCACGCGGCCGCCGUAAGGGCGCUGGUGGAACUCCACAAGAGCGAGCGAGUCUACAUACUCGUUGGCCAACAGGGGAUCAAUGCUUGCAAAAAGACACUAUCAGCCCAAGAGGGUCACCACGAGUGUUCCCGUCGGACCUCCAACGAGACCAGCCAGGUGUUCACCAGCAAGACCCACGAGGUCAGGAACACCCACGUCUCCGAUGGAGGGGGAGGGGGAGGCGGGGCCACUUAUGUCUUUUUGCUGGACAAAGACGGCCAAGCAUUCCCCCUACUAGUGGCCGGAGGAGGGGGAGGCAUCUCAGUGGGCAGCUUCAGAGACGACGGGUCCCAGCAUGCCAGGCCGCUGACCAACGCCACUCCUGAGUCCGGGUACAUGUAUGGACAACCCGGGAAGACUUCUGGUGCGGGAGGAGGUUGGUUGGCUCGCUCAGGUCCUACGACUCCUGGGUUCGAGCUGGUGCGGGGCGCCGCGCUACACGAGGGAGGCGGAGGAGGGGCCGCCUGUGCAGGCCAGGCGGAUGGAGGGUUCGGGGGAGGGGGCGGUGGCUGUCUCAGGGGCGGCGGCGGGGGAGGCUGGCUUGGUGGAGACACGAACGAAGGUCGUGGCUUGCACGGCGGGGGAGGCUGGUCUUACAUCGCAGCCAGCCGGGCCGUUAGAGACUACAGUGAGGCAGCCGUGGCACCCAGGACGGGGCCCGGGGAACUUCUGAUAUUCCCCGCUAUACAUGACUGUGACUGCGACUACCGCUGCGUCGCCCUGAACGAGUACCGCAGCGAGGUGAAGUGUUACUGCCCCGCCACAUGGACUGCGGACGCCCACGAUCCUACCAAGUGCAUAUUGGAGGAAGCAUGGCCCCGCACCCCGUGGGUGGUGAUAAUAGUGCUUUCCGUUGCUGUGUUUGUCUGCGCUCUCGCCGUGCUCUGCGUCUGUCUCUACCUCUACAACACCUACCAACGGAAGAAAGAAGCAGAACAACAACAGAAACGUCUUCUAGAACAAGACGUGCAGCUCCAGCGUCUGAGGAGUGCUCCGGGAGGGAACGAUAACCUCACCAUGGCAUUCAAUCCUCACUAUGGAAGCGAGAGCAUACUUCCGCAAGGGAUUGAUGUUCGAGGCUUGCCACAGGUGUCGAGGGAGAGCCUGAAGCUUGUCAAGGCACUCGGCCAGGGAGCAUUCGGAGAGGUCUACCAAGGCCUCUAUCGCCACCGCACAGGAGACACGGUCGAGAUGCCAGUGGCUGUCAAAACUCUGCCAGAACUGUCGACCGGCCAGGCUGAGUCUGACUUCCUCAUGGAAGCCGCCAUCAUGGCCAAGUUCAGUCAUCCUAAUAUUGUCCACCUGAUCGGUGUCUGCUUUGAUCGACAUCCAAGGUUCAUAGUACUGGAACUGUUAGCUGGUGGAGACCUAAAGAACUUCCUCCGUGAAAGUCGACCGAAGCCGGAACGAGCCAGUGCCCUUACCAUGAAGGAUCUGCUCCUCUGCUCCAUUGAUGUCUGCAAGGGUUGCAGAUAUUUGGAGAGCAAGAGAUUCAUACACAGGUCGUUCGGCGUGUUGCUAUGGGAGGUGUUCUCCCUGGGCGUGAUGCCGUACACGGGCUGCGCCAACCGGGAGGUCAUGGAGAUGGUCUCCGGGGGAGGACGGCUCGAGAAACCUUACGGGUGUCCUCAAGAGAUAUACAGGCUGAUGUGCGAAUGCUGGAACCCGACGCCGGGCGAGAGACCCUCCUUCGCGCACAUGUAUGAGCGGAUGCAACGGUUUGUGCAGGAUCCAGCUAUAGUAAGCGCUCCUCUACCAAUAGUACGGUCAUUAUUACCGCCGUGCUCGGACCUACCUACAAACGCCAACGGGCCGCAGCGAGGGCCGGCGUGUGACUACCUCGUGCCGAUGUCGCCGCAGGACAACCCAACGACCAACAAUAGCCCAACGGAACCGCUGGUCCCUCAUAGCAAAUCGCAAACGGUGGUACAGGAUCAACCAGUAACGGAGGAUUCACAAUAUCCACCUCUUCUGAAAGCAUCACAAGAAUAUGGCAACAUUCCAAUGGCGUCCCGGAGCGGCGCAAGCGCAACAAGGCGCGAUGCCUCCGCUACCUCCGCCGUCGAGACAAAGACCACAACAAAGUUUCUGCCGUCUAAUUCAACAGAUAGAUUGCUAAGUUCAGUAGAGGGUCCGUCACUGGACGAGAUAACACCGGAGGCUGACGACAAGCCGGUCAUUUGGGAGACAUCGUUCACCGAGCCACCACGCAACGCUACGCCGCGACAGAGCAUCGACAAUGGACCAGCAGUUGAGAAACUAAUAAGCAUAACCCCGACCUCGCCAAAACCGCCUGAGAACGCUUUAUCGAAAGCUAUAGAAACAAACGUCAUUGACAAAACUAACCACAAGAAUGCAUUGAUGCCAGAACGGAAAACAGCUCCAAUAGCGUCUCCGGAUCCACCACGCAUCAACGCGUGGGCCAAAGAAGCCCCAAAAUUCACGCCCAAACCAAAGCCACUUUGCUUAGACGCGGCCCAACUAGAGCAAAACCUAAAUGCGUUGAAAAAAAAUAGUGGAUCUGUGAACUUGACAACUAUGAACAUAUUGCCGCCAUACAUAAACGUCGUCACACCGAAUAAGCUGUCCGAAUCAAAAACUAUACAGAUUGAUCCUAAGAAGGCGGUGAUAGAUGACUUGCCAAAAGAAACCGAGCCGAAGGAGGAGAAGGGGAAGCUAAAACAAUCGAACUCGGCGGCGAGCUUGCUGAACGGGCCGAUGACGGACGUGCCGUACGCAGACAGCGACAACGCGUCGUCCAGCUCCAGCAGUAACCAGGCCAGCAAGAAGUUCGACGAUAGGAAUAUAGUGAACAAACAGGGUAGUAACGGCGAGUACGUCGGCGACUCCGAGAUCAGCUGUUAGAGCGCUCCAGUGACGGUUGUGUUUGGACUGUGCCACCGAGACACUCAGUGAAAUGUUACAUAUUACUAGUUGUAAAUAUUUUUAAUAAUAAUAGACUUUGUGAUGGAAGAGAAUAUUAAAUAAAAUAUUUAUUUUGAAAUUUUUGUAUUUUUAUCGUAUACGUGUACAAAAUGUUUUUAUUUUCGUUACGGUUAGUAGUUUAUUUGAACAAUAUGGCUUCCUUGUUGCUUAUAGUCAUAGUUUAUUGUUGCUCAAUUAGCUCAAUGUUUUGCAAAGAAAAUAUUACCUAGAUGGAAUAAAUCACUUAGUUUUUCUACUUAGAUAUUUUUAAAUGAAAAAAAUCAGUUGUGUAAUUUUAAAAUGGACGUUUGUAAAUAAACUGGGCUUAGUGGCAAUUUUUUUACCUGAUACAAUAUUUUGUAUUUUUUACGUAAUUUUAUUUUCGCCAAACAUUCGUGUAUUGGCUUUCAAAUGUUUGUGGAAAUGUUUUUAUGUAUUAGAUCCAAUUUUAUACCGAAUUUUAAACAAGUUUACAUCAAGCGAAACAUUUGCUCAAAUGUUUGAGAGUCUACAAAUAAUUUGUCAAACAACAUAUUUUGGAAAACAAACGCACAGGCGAAAUUAUAUUGCUUAUACAUUAAAAACUUAUAUUAUAAGGUCACGCGAUCGACGUCUUAGAAGUAAGACGUUGGUGGGUAACGCAAACGAAUUAUACCGUUCUGUAUACUUUUGUUAAAAAAAAAUAAACACAGGACCUUUCGUAGUUUUUUUUAC